AUGGUAAGGUUAAUUGGUGAACCAAUUAGAAUUAAAAAUAAUAAUGGUAGUUUACCAAAAUCAUUAGAAAUUUUAGAGAUUUCAGAUGAUAUUGAAAUUGAAGAUGGUGCUUUAUUAUCAAUUAAUAAUACUUUACAUACAUUUAAAGUUAUUAAUGAAAAGAGGUUUAAAUCUGUAACUGAAUUUGGUAAACCUAUUGAAUCUAUUUGA